CCAUCAAAUCGUCAGCAAUUACGUUAGGAAUCAUCGCAACACAAAUCAGUCCAUUAUAAACACUUGACUAAUGUAGAAGUUAGUUUAUUGCAGCUAUUUGAUGUCUCAUUUUAUUCGUAAAUAAUCGUGUAUGAUAAAAAAAAAUAAAUAAUAAACAGACAUUUCAAGAAAAAUAACAGAAAAUUACAAACAAGAAUUUCCUCAAAAACAACAUUGAAAGGCGUAAAAGUGAGAAAUGAAAAUUGUUACAUAGAAAACAACAACGAAACGCAGAUAAAUAUAAAAUUUAUGAAAUUUAUUGUGCCAGAAGGGGCAUUUAAUCGUUGACCAUACAUUUCAAUCGAGUCGUCAAUAAAUGAAACAAUAAUAGAGCAAACCAAAAAAAAUUUACAGCAACGUGCAUCGACGAGACAGCUUUUAUUUAAGUUUAUCAUCAUUUAUUUAUGGACAACAUGACUGUAACAGUUCCUCACGAGCCUGUUUGGCUUCUCGAUCGACGCGGAAGUAGCGGGCAUCUUUUUUGGCGACGGGACUCGUCAAAAGUCAAGUUUCGUUGCGACGUUGAAAUUUUGGAGUAUGUCAAGGAUCCUCGCGAAGACCAAUUUUUCCCUGAAACGCAUGAAGACAACAAAAUUGCAAAUAUUUUGGUAAUAGCAGCAACGUGUAUGGCAGCUGUUUGCGCUACUGUCGUAAUUCCAUGGCUAUUGAUUGGAAGUUCAUAAACAUUCUAU